UCUUCCGUCCGCGCUGAUAAAACGAGUUGCCCGUGUGUUGUCGCUGACGGUUAGCUAGCUGACUUUGACUACAGCUAAAAAUAUUCCGUCGGAGUGAGCUGAGGAGGCGGGAGGACACAGCUGAACAUCCAGCAGUGAAACUCCACGGGCUGCCAGGAUGGAGGCUUUCUUUCAACUUUUUGAUCCAGUUCAGAGAAUUUAAUCUGUCGAUCUUGCAUCCGGUGGGGUUUGAGUGGCGGUGCUGUGUGGGAGAUCGUGUGUGUUUAAGAAAAACUGUUUAUUUGUUGUGGGAUCUGCUCAAACGAGUCCAAGUUCACAGACACAGCAAACAGGCUGUGAGCCACGGUAACCCGACUUUAUCUGUCUGGACUCUCUCAUUGCUGUAAGUGUACUGAUGCGACCUGGGCGCCGAGGGAAGCUGUCUCUGCUUGUCAGUGGCACGCUGAGUAGUGAGGCACCAUGGGUAACACAAGUGACCGAGUGUCUGGAGAUCGCCAUGGGAAAGCCCAUCGCUUCGACAGCAGCGGCAGCCACAAGGACCAGGAGUCCAGCAGCAAGAUGGUGGAUAGCACAGACGACCCCAACGUCUUUAACACACAUGGACCUGAGUCAAAGUCUUCAGGAGACAAAGAAUUCACCCCCGAUCUGGAUGACCUGGUUAAAACCGGUCCUCAAGCUCGACCCACUGUUAUUCGCUGGGCUGGCGGGGGUAAAGAAGUCUAUAUAGCUGGUUCCUUCAAUAACUGGAGCAACAAGAUACCCCUAAAUAAGAGCCACAAUGACUUUGUAGCCAUUCUGGACCUGCCUGAAGGAGAGCACCAGUACAAGUUUUUUGUAGAUGGACAGUGGCUCCAUGAUCCCUCUGAGCCAGUGGUAACAAGCCAGCUGGGCACCGUCAACAACCUGAUCACUGUGAAGAAGUCGGACUUUGAGGUGUUUGACGCCCUGCAGGUCGACUCUCUGGAGUGCUCCGACACUUCAGACUUGUCCAGCUCCCCUCCAGGACCUUACAGCCAGGAACAGUACAGCUUUAGACCAGAAGAGCACUUCAAGGCGCCGCCCAUCCUCCCUCCUCACCUGCUUCAAGUUAUUCUCAACAAAGACACCAAUGUAUCGUGUGAUCCUGCCCUGCUGCCUGAACCCAACCAUGUCAUGCUUAAUCACCUUUAUGCUCUUUCAAUAAAGGACGGAGUGAUGGUCCUCAGUGCUACCCACAGAUACAAGAAGAAAUAUGUCACCUCUUUGCUUUACAAGCCCAUCUAAGCUGCUGCUCAUGUGCCCUAGAGUUCUUUCUUUUUAAGAGAGAAGCAUGUUUGACUCCAGCUGCUUUUGUUGACUCUUUUUAUUGCGUUUGGCCGAAUCUUGCAGCGAAACACUUUUACAAGCAAUUUUAGCACCGGUUGCUCUGAGUGAGACUGCACUUCUGUCUACAAUAGGGCUCUGUACGAAAGUAGAAGUGUGUUUGUGUUGGGUUUCAGGGAGAGAUUACCGUACUGUGGCAUUAAAUCCUAAUGACUACACGUGAGACUGAAUCAGUCGCAGCAUGUUGAGAUUGUUUUUCCAUCUUGGUUUGCAAAAAAAAAAAAGAAAAAAAAAUCUUGUAACUUUUGUGAGGCAGAUAACUCGUGAAGAUCUGUGGUGGGAUGUUAGUGAGGAGCGUCAGCUUCCAAACGGUUACCUCUGCAUGCUUUAUCUGACUGUGUUACAGUCCCCUACACUCCUCGACCCCCCAUUCCUGCAUGCAGAAUGAGGGACAGACCCUCUCCACUGUUUUAACCUGAGUGAGAUAAUGCGCCAUAAAAGCAGCUCAAAGAACUGGAGGCACGACUUUCUGCUUUGAUCUACUUCGCGGUGGAGUCUACUGCAUCUCCUAAACCGACCUGAAAACAAAGAAUCGAUUUCAGUUUCCCUAGCAAAAUGGUUUCUGUACACUGUGUUGUAAAAGUAUUCAUACGCUUUGAGUUUUUCUUUCACUGCAGCUACAAACUUUAAUUAAUUUUGGUGGGGAUGUAUAUGGUAGACCACACCAAAUCUCAGGAGCUCCUCCCAAGUUACAAAGAGCCUUUUUCUCUUUUAAUGCUCUCAUUUCAUGUACUGUUGGUUCAGAUGGAUGGCCAUUCCUUGGUAUGGUUAUGUAGUUUAAGAGUGUAAGAAUUUUUAUUUAUCAGAUAACGGAUUGAACAGAGCUCUGUGAGAUGUUCAAAGCGUGGGAUGUUAUGUAACUGAGCUUUGCUUUAAAUGUUUUACAACUUUAUCCCUUCACUAAGUUCCUCCAACAAACCUUCAUACCGAGAUUAACCAAAUAGGUCAAUACUCAAAGCAAUUGAUAGUAAAGUGUUUUAUUCAGGGGUAUCAAAGUUAAGGGGUCAUGCUUCAAACAUUAGUUAGUAACCAAAUUUGAAUAGCAUUUGUAAUUUUCCUUUCAGAAUUUUGCAAUACUUUGUGUUGAUCUCAGAUAAAAAAAUCCCAAUGGAGAAAAAGUUCAAGGGGUCUGAAUACUUUUUGAAAAAAUUGGAGCCGCUAAGCCGGGAAAACUCCGUGAACCGAUGGAGAAUAUUGUUGAAUAGCCUGUGUUCAAUUUCUGUUGUUGCCUUUAAGCAGAUGAGAUUGUGAGCACUUUACCAUCCUGUGAGCAGGAUGUGAUGUGAUCGUGUAACUAUGCAGCAGCGCACAACUCUUGCUCUUUAGCUUCUCUGAUUAAAUGUAUGCUUGUGUUAGAUUUACUAAAUAGUUCUAUUUACCAAACAUGAAUGUACUGUCUUUUUGUUGCAUGUAGAGGAAACGUGUCAGCAGGCUUCUCUUUUUAAUACCUACAGCUUGGGAGGACACGUUCAGAAAGCGAUCACCACAUGAACUGAGGAGGCUGUGAUGACUAGUAGCUGCCAUAGAGUUAAAUGUACAUUUUGUUCACUUGUGUGUUCAUGAAAAUAUUUAAGUGUUUUUAUUUUCAUUUGGUGUGCUGCUCUUUGGGCUGAAUUAAUUGUGUGCACAUAAAAAAAAAAAAGGGACUCUAAAACCCUGUCAGUGUUCACAUAGCAAGCUGAAAGCAUUUUGUUAAUGUUGAGCCUGCCUGCGACAUUGAGUCCAUUGCAUUUAUGAGGCUCAGAGAACCGAUGAGGCAGUUUUAAGAAGUGCCGCGAACACAGUUUUAAAACUAAAGCCAAAACUUGAAUAUUUUUGCAGCCCUAUUGUGAAUGUUGCAAAUAAAGAUUGGACGCUGAUUGUAA